AUGCCAAAUUCGAGCAGGAUCAAGCUUAUUACAUUUGACGCUUACAACACUCUAUUUAAGCCAAAAGGAAGUCUUUCAGCGCAAUAUGUAGAGGAGGCAAAGAAGUUUGGUAUUCGAGUGACCCGAGAGCAAAUUAAUCAGCAUUUCGGUCAAGCAUACAAAAAACAACUCAUAAAAGCCCCCUUCUAUGGCAUUAGUAAAGGGAUGACACCUCAGGGUUGGUGGAAAGAGUUGGUUUAUUCGACAUUUAUAAGUGCUGGUAUAAAAGAAAAAGAUUUGGACUGUAACUUUGAUCAGUUGUACAAUGCAUUAUACACAAGAUUCACAACUGCCGAAGCGUAUUCGGUAUUCCCAGAUGUUCUUAGCACAUUAAACGAACUAAAGCAGCAUGGAUUUCAGAUGGGCGUCAUAAGCAAUUCAGAUGAAAGAGUCGUCCAGGUAAUUGAAAAUUUGAACCUCGACAAAUACUUUGAUUUUGUCAUUGCAAGCUCGUUGGUUGAAUGCGAGAAGCCAAGCAAAAGAAUAUACGAAAAAGCACUUGAGGUUGCAGGAAAUGUGAGUGCCGAGCAUGCUCUGCAUGUAGGCGAUGAUGUAGACAAGGAUUACUUAGGUGCAACAAAGGCAGGGUGGAAUGCAGUCUUGUUGGAAAGAACCAAGUUAUCCUAUGAGGAUUUUUCGCCAGCAAUGAUAGCCGAUAGUAGCAUACCAAGUCAUCGACCCAAGCAGAUUUUAACAAUGAAUGAUCUUUACCCUUACAUCAACACUUUGCAUGGUGUAGAUCAAACUCAAAACUCUGCUACUGCCACAGAUUUUAGCCGAACACCGGCUGCGCAUGCGGCCUCUCAUUGA